AUGGCUUCAGCAAUGGAUUCAUCAAAUCAUAUAAUACCUUUUAAUGGUAAUGUGUUACCAAAAUUUAGCGAAUAUCGAUCUCGAGUAAUGCUCGGUGAUCUUCCGUCAGAUUUUCUUCGUAUACAACUUGUAGAAUCACAAGUUUAUGGACCAUCAAUUUUUCAACAAGAACUUGAUGAAAAUUCAAAUUUUCUUGGUUAUCUUACUGUGACUAUUGCUGAAGCUAAAUUAAUAAAAAAUUCUGGUCCAUUAGGUCUUCUUCGAAUGGAUCCAUAUGUUCGUUUUCAAAUUGGUCCUAUUUCACAUGAAACACCAACAGCGUCUGGUGGUGGUAAAAAUCCACAAUGGAAUGUAUCAUAUCGAAUUGCUUUAUUUAAAGGAAUGGAUAAAAUUCAUAUUGAAUUAUUCGAUCAACGUAGUUUUACAGAAGAUAGUUUUAUUGGAGAAUGUGUCAUCGAAAUUAAACAUGAAGUAAUCGAUGGUCGAACACAUCAACAUUGGUAUCCAUUAAUGGGACACGAAACAAAUGCAAAUGAAAAUCAAGGAGAUAUUCUUGUUAUUAUGAGUUUAACGCCAAUGAUAUCAGAUCAACCACCAACAAUAGAAAAUUCAAGUCUUGUAAAUAGUUCAACUGGUUCUUCAUCAACAUCAUCACAAUCGAAUAGUAUUAUUGAAUCGACACCAAUUUAUUCGUCAGAUGACAUACGAACAAUUGAAGAAAUGUUUCCUGCAAUUGAUCGUCAAACAAUUAUUGAUUUAAUGGAUAAACAUGGAGGAAAUAAAGAUCUUGUUGUUAAUCAUCUUUUACAAAAUAAUGUCUCAUAA